UUAUAAAAGCUGCUGUAGGAGACAGCACAGUGCUGCCAGUUUGGCCAGGAUAUACCAAGCUAGUGGUUUGUCUUAGCUUGUGUUGGUUAGCAAGUGUAGUUUGCUAGCGUUCAGGCUAGCGUUAGACACUGCCAACACAUCAGUGGCUAUGGCUUUUGGGUUUUACAUCGGUGUGACCUUACUCCUGUCAGUGUUGGCAACUGCAAAAUGUGAUUAUAUUCCUGAUGGAGUUCUUCAUAUGGAGUGUCGUGAUCGUUACUUCAUGAUAGCUGUUGAUCUCUCGUUCACUGGGGAUGAACCUCACUUUGAGGCUGUUGAUAGAACAGGUGCGUACCCCGUCACUGAGCAGUAUGCAGUAAAGUGUGGCUAUAGUGUCAGUGUUCUCCCUCAACCGGGUCAUGUGGAGCUCCGAGCCUCUUACUUCAGCUGCCACACUGACAACAAAGAUGAUGAAGUGUUCACAUUCAACUUCAACCUGCUUGCAACCCAUGAAGGGCAGAAGGCCACUUAUUCUUUGAACAAGACCUGUUCUCCAUCUCUCCCCUGGUCUCCCAGAGAGGUUACCUGUGAGGUCAACUACAUGGAGGUGUCUGUGAGGAGUGAAGUCACCUGUCCAACUGGGACAAAGAAAGAUGACUGGAAUACUCUUAAACCUGCUCAUAGCUCCACCACAUCAGAUUGGCAGGUGAUGUUCCAGAGGGCAGAAGAGCAGUUACCACCAAUGAACCUCUCUGAAGCUCGCAAGCAGGGCAACGUGUUUGACCUGACAGAUGGAAGGCUUGUAUUUCGUACGCCGUAUGGACAACCUGACUCAUUCAGCACUACGGUGAAUGGUGUGCCAGUAGAGGUGGUCCAUGCAACUCUGUUCUCUAGACAAAGCUGGGUUGUCCUCAUGAUCGACCUGGUGGCUGCUUGCUCCACGCAUGAAGGGACUUAUAAUGACAGCGGCUACGUGGUUUUGGACACACCUGAGGCGCUGUACCCUGGUCUUGUUAGCACGCAUGUCAAUAUCGGACUAAAUGGUGAACUUAUGGAACAGGCGGCUGCAGAGGAGAGAGGCUACAUUAUGGAGAAGCACAACAGCACAGUCCAUAUCAGCAUCCCCUAUAAUGCUGAAGGAGGAUACAGAAAAAGCUUUGUGACUGGUGACCUCCAUGAGUUCUACGUUUUUAAUCUCUACUUGGAACAAAUCUUGGUGGAUGAGGAUCAUGCAGAGACCAGAGUUCGCUUUCACAGGUCACUGGCCACUCCCCUGCUGCCACGCCUUGUUUUUACUGAAAACAGAACAGUUUUUGAGGAACACAUGUUCACCGUCUACCUCGGAGAUGUCCCUGAAGAUGUUGAGUUGGUUGCUGUUCAGCUGAAUGGACAUGAAUGUACACUGCCACUUACAAAUACAAGCACCUACACCAUCUCAAAAGUGGUUCAACCCAACAACACCCAUGGCUACACUCUGAAGGUGCCUUUUGACGAUCCUGUCGUCAUACAGCAGUUCUCCAAAGAAGAUGCAGCUAUGCAGCAUCAGUUGAACAUCAACUACACAUUGACCGUUCAGCCUGAGAAUGAGCCUUAUUACCACCUCACAUCAGUCAUGGCAUUAACAGACGUCUCUCCUCCAACCUUCGACGCUGUCUGUUCUGAGACUGGGAUCAGCUUCAGACUGGACCACCGGCCUUUUGACUACCUGUGGGACAUCAGCAUCGGCUCAGACCCUCUCACAUCAGAGCUGGCAGCGCAGCACGGCUACAUCAUGAGCAAUGAUAGCCAGAGUCUGCUGCUCAAAGUGCCGCUCUUCACUCAAGGCUAUGAGUACAAGGACUUCACUCUGAAGGGAUUUUCUGGCACUUUUGAGAUCCUUGUGCGGGAUCAUGAAACAUCAGAGGUCCAGAUUUCUGCUGUCAAGACUUGUCCAUUCACGACUAAUGAACUCAUUGUGUGUUCUCCUGACGGGAGGAUGACUGUGGUGGCUGACUUGUCUCUGGCCAUCCCAAGUGGAGGGAUCCCUGCUAGAGCCAACCUCAUAGACAAAUACUGUGGACCCAAAGAGGCCGACAGCACCAGGGCGCUCUUCUCUUUUCCACUCAACAGCUGUGGAUCCAUAGUCAAGCUUAACAAGGAAAAUGUGACGUAUCAAAAUGAGAUUUUCUACAGCAAGAAGUUCCUCAAUAAGAAGGCAGUUUCUGACAACACUAUGGAGAGGGUGACUAUACAGUGUACAUAUCCUCUGGCCAGGCUCUAUCGUCUGUUCUCGGUGUACAGGUUUGAGUCUGAUGCAGCCGGUAUUGGUCGCAUUAUCCACACUACGCAGUCCACAGAAGGUCUGCCUUCCAUUGAGCCCACUGCAGCAGUUAAAACUACACCUGCUACCAAAAGACCAACCAGAGGACCUGUCAUGAUGCGGCCUGCCUUCCACCCACCGGCUCGCUAUGUCAGAGUGUCCAAAGUUAAUCAUCUUCCCUGGGGCAUAAAAGGAGCUGAAAGAUCUUCACAAUCCAAAGUAAAUGCUGCCUUAAUUUGAAGAGCAAAUUUUUUUUAAAUGUGAAAACUUUGAAUGCAAUAAAACUGUUUCUUAAAAGCGC